GAGACCUGCGCAGGCCCAGUGGGCAAGUGGCGCGGAGGGACCUCCUCGCACCUCCUUGCCCGGUCAUGCCCCGCCUGCUCUUCUUGGCUGCUGCUGCUGCCUCGGGAAGCCUGGAGGAUGAGCUGAAUCUCCGCGGUUGUUACUCUCCCCGGCGCUAAUUACAGGGUCGGGUGAUUACUUGAAGACACUUGCACUUUAAAAGGAAAGAUGCUGUCUCCAAAUGAUAGGAAGUUAGAAAAGCUGGAUCCGUUUUACCGAUCUCCAGUGUCCAAGCAGAAGACCAGUGCAGAGAUUAUAAGUGAAGCACGAAAUGCCUUAAGAACUGUUAGGACCCAAAGACCCUUUACACCACGGGAAGAGCAAAGGAAACUCUUUGGACCUGCAUCUUCCAGGACACCAGAAAGUAGACCUCCAUCCUCCUUCAGCGUCCAUGCAUCCAGUUUUGAGUCCUCUGAUUCCAGGCCCAUCUCUGGCACACGUCUCAGUCCACUAGAACUUAAACCUAAAGCUCCAGCAUCUCCUGCCACAGAGGAGGAUCCCUGCCCUUCCUUUCCUAAACCCCCAGUGGACCCCGUGAAGAUUAGAAGGAUAAGCAGUGCCCGGGCGCGCUUAUUCAGGGCGGCCUCCCAGGGGGCUCUUCUGCCAGACAGGACCCUUCCUCCUGCUCAGUCAAAGAAGAGAGUGGAACCCAAAGAAACAGUUAUGAUGGGAGACUCUGUGAUGAAAAGAAAUGGGCUUUAUCUAGCCGAAUCUAAUGCCAUUGGCCAAUUAAAGCUCCCGUAUGAUGCAGACUUCAGUGAAAUCAAGGAGCGAGAAAUGUUCCAAGGGGCAACGUCCAUGCCAUCUCAUCUCAGAAGUGGAGGGGACCAGGGCAGGAGGCAUUUGAGAGCCUCCUCAUGCCCCAACAGCUCAGGCUGGAGCAGGCUGGACACCAGAGCAGGAGUAAUACAAGUACAUGAGAGGAUUUGGAAAAUACAGGAGCACACAAGAGAAGCCUCACAAGCCGAGUUGCAAGAAAAGGAUACAGAAGUAGAAGUAGAUGCUUUUUGGAAUACAAGGAUCGUACCGAUUUUGCAUGCGUUAGAAAAGGAAGAAAACAUUGAAACGGUUUGUGCUGCUUGCACACAACUUCAUCUCGCCUUAGAGGAAGGAAACAUGCUGGGAAAUAAAUUUAAGAGAAGAAGCAUUCUCCUGAAGACCUUGUAUAAACUAGUCGAUGUUGGUUCAGACUUGCUGAGCCUUAAACUUGCAAAAAUUAUUCUGGCACUUAAAGUAAGUGGAAAAAAUCUCCUUAAUGUCUGUAAACUUAUAUUUAAAAUUAGCAGAAGUGAGAAGAAUGAUUCUCUGAUUCAAAAUGACAGCAUUCUGGAAUCAUUAUUGGAGGUCCUGAGAAGUGAAGACCUGCAAGCGAACACUGAAGCUUUUUUAUACUGCCUGGGGACAAUCAAAUUCAUUUCUGGAAAUCCAGGAUUUCUUCAUGAAAUGAUCAGCAAAGGUGCUGUGGAAAUAUUGAUGAAUUUGAUAAAGCAAAUAAAUGAGAACACCAAGAAAUCUGGCACAUGUUUGCCUAAUUCAGGCCACUUGUUAGUCCAAGUAACUGCUACACUGAGAAACUUGGUUGAUUCACCACUAGCAAGAAGUAAGUUUUUAAGCAUCAGUGCCCUUCCCCAGCUCUGCACAGUGAUGGGACAGUAUAUGGGUGACAAGGAUGUCUGCACCAAUAUUGCCAGGAUAUUCAGCAAACUUACUACUUACCAUGACUGCUGUGUAGCCUUGGCCAACUAUUCCAGAUGUUAUGCCUUGUUUUUGAAUCUGAUAAACAAAUACCAGAAGAAACAGGAUUUAAUCGUUCGCAUCAUUUUUAUUCUCGGCAACCUGACAGCGAAAAAUAACCUGGCCCGGGAGCAGUUUUCCAAAGUGAAAGGGAGCAUCCCAACGCUGCUGUCUCUAUUCCAUACGUUCCACGAACUGGAUCUGCAUUCCAGGAAGCCCCUGGGGGAAGGAGAGGAGCGGAGCAAGGCGCCCAGGCGGCCGGCCCAGGCGGAGGACGUGCUCAUCAAGCUGACCCGCGUGCUCGCCAACCUGGCCAUUCAUCCGGGCGUGGGCCCGGCCAUCGCCACCCAGCCGCGCAUUGUGGGGCUCCUUCUUGCCACGCUGGAAUACAAAUCGAUUGAUGAGUGCGAGGAGCUGGUGAUCAAUACCAUGGCAACGAUCAACAACUUAUCUUACUACCAAGUGAAGAACUCCGUAAUUCAAGACAAAAAGCUAUAUAUUGCUGAAUUGCUUAUCAAGCUCCUUGUGAGUAACAACAUGGAUGGGAUCCUGGAGGCUGUGCGCGUUUUUGGAAAUCUCUCCCAGGACCGUGACAUCUGCGAUUUCAUUGUGCAGAAAAACGUUCACAAGUUCAUGAUCGCACUGCUGGACGCUAAGCACCAGGAUAUUUGCUUUUCUGCCUGUGGUGUUCUCCUAAAUCUCACUGUGGAUAAAGACAAGCGUGCCAUCCUAAAAGAGGGAGGUGGCAUUCAAAAGUUAGUGGAUUGUUUAAGGGAUGUUGGUCCUACUGAUUGGCAGCUGGCCUGCCUGGUGUGCAAAACUUUGUGGAACUUCAGUGAAAAUAUCACCAAUGCUUCGUCCUGUUUUGGAGAUGAAGCCACGAACACACUUUUAGCUCUGCUGUCAUCAUUUUUAGGUUGUUGUAUUAUCUGGAAACAAGGAACACAGUAUGUAUCCAUGAAUGUUAAAAUGUAGGAAAAAAGUAUUUGAUGUUCUAUAUCCUUCAUGAGAAAGUGUCUAUGUUUAUAUGAAUAUAUGCAGAAUACUCAUAACAUAGAUUCCAUUUACAAAAAAUAAAUAAAUACUAACAUUGAGUCAUUUUAGUGGGCAAUGCUGCAGAGAAAUUACCUUGUAUUUACGGGUUUCUUGAAUGAAGUCGAUAUUUACAAAUAACGAUUUCAAUUAAAAAUUUAAUGAAUAUUUCUCUUCUUUCUCCCUCGUCACCUUUUAAAUCAAAACCUUUAAGGGUUCGAGUUAAAGUUGUUUUAGUAACUUUCAAACGGUGCUCUAUUUGCAACCACUCAGGAAAAUAUAAAAUGUUAAAACGGCUCUCUCUGAAGGCCAAUUCAGACACAAAACAGAUAGUUUUAUAAACAAGAGUGAACGCUGUGCAUAACGUCAUAGAGCUGGCAGAACACACUUAUUCUAGGCAGCAUCAUCUUUUAACUGACUCAAAUGUAUUCUUUUCCUUUCAGUAGGAGGCAGAGAGUGAGGGUCACCGAAUAAUAUUCUGACAAGGCAGUGAGGAGAAAAAUCCACAGGCUGUUCACAGUCUCCAGCUUUGUUCACUCGCUGACUUGUGGAGACUUGUACAGAAGACCACGUUAUUGACGCUUUGGAGACUUGCAUUUAAAUGACCGGGACAGCUGUCUCUUGCAGCCGCAGCUCCUUCUGUGGCAAACAUCCCCCUCCCACCACUGGCCGCCUCUUCACCUGAGGGGCGCGGGCCAGCCCGCGACGCCCCCGCCGGGCAGGGCGGCAGACCCAGAGGUGGCUGCAGGGGCGCCCUCCCGGGAGAGCGCUCUCCGAAGCCGUUAGGGUGCAAAGGUGGGGAAGCGGCAAGACCUCCCUGUAGCCCAGGCAGCUCGGCCGGUACCGCCCGCCCGCCCAGUCCCUCACCCGGAUACCUCCUCCUGGCCGCGGCUGCCGCCACACUGCUUGCAGCACAGCAGCUCCGAGACGGUCAGUGAGGCCGUGUACGCCUCGUUCGCGGUUGUGGCCAGGCGCAUGUCGGCGCGGGGACAGCAGCGGUCGCGCAGAGCAGCCGCCGUGCCGCGGAGGAGGCAAGCGCUGCGAGGCCGGGAAGCUCUGAGCUGAAGCGCCUCAGUCUGCUCUGACUGCCGGGCGGCGCAAACAAACAAGGCACGCGGCCCCGCCCCCACCAUCACUCUGCCGACUCGACGGCCGCGCGCGCCAAUGCAGACCCGCAGCGCCGCGGAGCCCCGCCCCCUUGGCGCAGAGGGGCGGGCACUGGAUGGGGUGCGGGGACGAAGGGAGGCGGUCUGACGCCACCCGGCGAAAAACAACCUCCAGGGGCAGAGCUCCUCCUGCGAGCUAAUGCUCAGGUCCUGAGCAGGCUCGGUCUGCCUGGAGGUGAGCGUGCGCUGUGGCUAGAAGGUGCGGCGCGAGCCGUCGGGCUUCAGUGCCAGGGUCGCCAGCAUCAGCAGCGGAGAACCUGCCUUCCCUCCACCCUCUUGGGUCUAUUUAUCUAGAGCCAAAGAGCAACCCACCUCUAAGCUGACCCUGACACCACCAUGAACAAUCAAGCUCGCUUCACACUUUAUAGACAACUUGAUAUUUCCCUUCUUUCUUUCCAAUAAUACCCAAACAAUGCUGAAUGGGCUGCAGAAUGCAGAAACAAGAGACGGUGACCUAUAUUCAGUGUAAAAUUAUUUUCGGUAAGCUAUGCAGAAAUAUAAAUACUACUGUCCUACACAGAUAAUAAGCCUUGGUAACAGAUCUCUAAAUUUUCUUUUUUCUAAGUAUAUUUAAAAGCUUUAAAAUUUCUAAUAUUCCCUCAUAAGCACCCUGGGUUCUAAAGAAAUAAUUUUUCUCUCUGAAAUCUGGAACUUGAGAAAACAGGUUUUAAAGGAACAAAAAAGAACUAACAUUGUUGGAUCUAGAAAACAAAUUUCUCAGAUCCUGUAUCAACACCAUUUCCUUACAUGGUUCCAUUAACUUCUUUUUAAAAAUCAACUCCUGAAUUAGAUCUCUCUUUGCAUGUUUGCCCUGAGCUUACAUGCUCAGAUUUAAAAAGAAGAGGAAGAAGAACAUUCUGACUGAAGGAAACAAGUGGAGUUUAAGACACAGAACCAGGGUUCAUAAACUAAGUUUGUUCUAGGAAUGAAGUUACAAUGUCUUAGAGAAGACUAAGUUACUCUUUUAGCUCUUAAAAGUAGCAGUUUAAAAUGGUUACUUUUACCUUCUCCAGAUAAGUAAGAUACUGCGGUAUGUUCUCAUACACUUCUACAAAUUGCUAAAUCACCCCAAAUAUUUUUGCUGGUCAAGAAAAGCAAUUUGAAGUUAAUAUUAACAUAGAAUGGCUACAGACUUCCAGCUCUCUUCCUCUGAGCAUUGCCAUGAAAACAAACAGAUAAACAAAUGCCCACUCAGCCGCAAGUAAACAAAUAGGAAAAAAUAAACCAGUAAAUCAUCCAGUUUGCAGCAAUAUGACAUACCCAAGAUAAACUGCUUGUAGAUUAACAAUUUGGAAACAUAAAUGCACUUGACAUAGGUGUUGAGAGCUAUAAAGCUAUUUAAUGAGGAAAGCAUAUGAAAAAUGGUGACUAUGGUUCUAUAAGGGUUGAGCUGUGAUUUUAUUUUCUGGAAAGAAUAAAACAGUGGGCAUUAGUUGUCUAGUAGGACAUAACCUCGUCUGUGACAUCAAAAUUAUGUCAUUUACAAAGUGAAGAAUGUUCACCUUUCUAUUUUUUAAAGAGAGACAAGGACAAAGAAUUAAAUGCAAAAAUGGUUUAAAAUAUUUAAAUAUUUAAAUGAAGAUUAAAACUGAAAAUUGUGUAUGUACACGUAUAUAUAUAUUUGUAUUUGAUACUUAGUGCUUAAUAUUUAUUGAAGCAUAUAUUGAAAUUGUAUAGGAAGCUCCAGUUAGGAUUUCUUUUUUUUUCCCAGAAAGUUUCAGCUUACUUUGAUGCUGCCUUACCUAAAAAGAAAAAUAAUUUUAAUAUAUUCUAAUUCAGUGGCUUACUGAGGACCAUCAAGCCAUUAAAUGUCAAGAUUCCUUUAUCGUUUCCAUAAAGGCUGACUUGAGUUCUUCGGAGAGUACUACUUUUUCUUCUUUUGGUCAGAGCAGUAACUAUGAAUUAGUCACUCUUCUCCAAUAUAAAAAGGUUGCCUCCAAAUAAAUUUAUUAAUCAAGAAUCCCAGCAACUGUAUUAACCUGCAAAUAUCACUGUGUACAUUUCACUAUUGGAAAUGGUUUGUUUCCAAUCAUUCAAUAAAAAGUGUAUAUUUUCCAAAGAUUUCACUGCAUCAGGAGGCCAGAUUCCUAAUGAACUCCCAAUGCUAAGCAUGUAAUAAACCUCCUGAGCACAGCUUAGUAAUUGGAAAGGACUAUGCUUUUGAUAUUUAGCAAAGGCUACCAUUAUAGACCAGCAGCUCUUUACAAAAAUCUAGCCCAAGAAGUAACAGUAAUUCUAAAAUAUUUCCUUCCCUCUGCAACUUAUUCAACUACAUCAACUGAGGUUUUUGCAUGUCAUUAGCAGUAAUGUUCUCAACUCUAAUUUUCUCAAGAACAAGAUGAUACACCCAUGUAAAAGGAGAGUGGUGUCAAAUGACUUGAUCUGAGCAGACAACUAUGAAGCAUUAGAGUCCAGAUUUGGAGUGGUAGUUCAGCUUCCUGAAGGAAGCAAUAUUUGAGUUAGGACUUAGAGGAUUAGGCCUUGGCAAGAAAAUUGGGGGAGGGUUUGGGGAAGUAGAGACUGAGUUCUAAGCAAAGAAACCAAGAAAUGCAAAGGCCCAGAGGCAAGGGAGUGACUAAGAAUGGUGACCCAUUAGGGAAGCUAAAGGAUGUUCAUCGAGAUCUAGAGCAGAGGAUAUGGAGAGUGGAGGAUGGAGUUUAGGUAAAAUAUAAACAAUAAGGAGGGAACCUUAAGAUUCUUUAAAGACUAUAAAUUUCAUUCUUAAGAAUACUAUAGAAUUACUAAAAAUUAUAAAGGGUAGAAUGACAUCAAACUUGCAUUUCAGCUAAGGUUU